AUGUCGGCGAAGAGCAUCUACGAGGCCGACGGCAAGGCUAUCCUCAACUAUCACCUCACCAGGGCUCCAGUGAUCAAGCCGAGUCCGCUGCCGCCGCCGGCCGAGCACAACCCUCCGCCGAAGCUUGCGUCUCUGCGCUUCCCUGAGGGCGCUGACAUCAACGCCGUCCUCGACAAGGCCGAGAAGACAUACCCCUGGCUUCUUGAGCCCGGCGCCAGGUUCGUCGCGAAGCCCGAUCAGCUCAUCAAGCGCCGCGGUAAGAGCGGUCUGCUAGCCCUCAACAAGACUUGGGCCGAGGCGAGGGCGUGGGUUGCUGAGCGCGCCGGCAAGCCUCAGCAGGUCGAGCACACAGUCGGCAUUCUGCGGUCGUUCCUGGUCGAGCCCUUUGUUCCCCAUCCUCCUGAGACUGAGUACUACAUCAACAUCAACUCCGUCCGCGAUGGCGACUGGAUUCUCUUCACACACGAGGGUGGUGUCGACGUCGGUGAUGUCGAUGCUAAGGCUGAGAAGCUGCUUAUUCCCGUCGACCUCUCGGAGUACCCCUCCAACGAGGAGAUUGCUGCUACUCUCUUGAAGAACGUGCCUAAGGGCCUGCACAAUGUCCUGGUCGACUUCAUCACUCGUCUCUAUGCCGUCUAUGUUGACUGCCAGUUCACAUACCUGGAGAUCAACCCCUUGGUUGUGAUCCCCAACGAGGACUGCACCUCGGCCUCUGUUCACUUCCUCGAUCUGGCUGCCAAGCUUGACCAGACUGCCGACUUUGAGUGCGGUCAGAAGUGGGCGAUUGCCCGCGCUCCGCAGAACCUGGGCAUCGUUGUCGAUGACGAGCCGCAGAACAGCACUGUCAACAUCGACGCCGGCCCGCCGAUGGAGUUCCCUGCUCCUUUCGGGCGUGAGCUGUCCAAGGAGGAGGCCUACAUCGCUGAGCUCGACGCCAAGACCGGUGCUUCGCUCAAGCUUACUGUCCUGAACCCGAAUGGCCGCAUCUGGACCCUGGUCGCCGGUGGUGGUGCUUCGGUCGUCUAUGCCGACGCCAUCGCCUCGGCUGGUUUCGCCGAUGAGCUCGCCAACUAUGGUGAGUACUCUGGUGCUCCUACUGAGUCCCAGACAUACCAUUAUGCUCGCACCGUGCUCGACCUCAUGCUCCGGGCGCCCAUGCACCCUAAGGGCAAGGUCCUGUUCAUCGGUGGUGGCAUUGCGAACUUCACCAACGUCGCCAGCACCUUCAAGGGUGUUAUCAAGGCUCUCCGGGAGUACGCGAAGGCGCUUAAUGAGCACAACGUGCAGAUCUGGGUCCGCCGUGCCGGUCCCAACUACCAGGAGGGUCUGAAGAACAUGAAGGCUGCCACACAAGAGCUUGGCCUCAAUGCUAAGAUCUUCGGCCCUGAGAUGCACGUCAGCGGUAUCGUCCCGCUGGCGCUGAUCCCCGGGAAGUGGGAAGAGAACACGAUCAAGGAGUUUGAGGGGUGA